UGGGCAACAAGUGUUCUAUGUCUAGUGUGGAGGGGGUGGCGUCGUGUUUGUGGCAAAAGUCAGGCGUGAGUAUAGUGGGAGGUGGUUCGGUCGGCACAUUGAGAGAAUGAAUGCUGGUGUUGUGAUUAGUUUGUAGUAAAAACUGAUGAUUAUCCUUGCGAAACAGAGUUAUUAAUUCCGUGUGAAAAGUGUUCUUCGAAUUAUCCAGGAUAUAAUGUGUGGAUUUAAUUGAGUAUCCCAUUGAUACGGCAUGCCAGUAAUCGGCAGGUGAGCACCGUUCAUUCCUCAGCAAAAUGUGGUGGCUAACAUUGGCGAUAUGUUUGGCCAGCACGUAUGGCCAGACACCUGAAAAUGUGGACCCAACUCGUCCUUAUUACAAUCGAUACAAUGAAAAUCAGGAAAGAGAUUCUAAUCUUGCAUAUGGAACUAGAAAUGGUGGUCAAAAUGAUAAUGUCAUUAUCAAAGAAGCGAUAGAUAUUUACAAUACUAAAUAUUCUGAUGCAUAUUGGGCAUACAAAGGUUGGAUACCGCAGCCUAUGACAUACUUUGUGGUAGCCUCACGCUUGGUGCGACCUGGCCAAACAUAUCGAGUUGCCGUCAAUGUACUCCAAAGUCCAUUGCCUUUGACUGUUCGAUCUUCUAUCCAGUGGAACGGCAUCGAGAUAGCUGCUGCUCAUGAAGAAGUUAAACCAGGCAUACCAGAAACAUUGAUGAUGCGAAUGCCAUCCACAUCAAUCACUGGAAAUUAUAGACUCAGGAUUGAGGGAAUGUACAAUUCACUGACCGGCGGACAAGCAUUUUUAAAUGAAACGAAAUUGAUGUUCAAUCAAAGAUCCAUGACUAUCUUCAUUCAACUGGAUAAGCCCGUUUACAUGCAGGGACAAACCGUUAGAUUCAGAACGAUUCCCAUCAAUACGGAAUUGAAAACUUUCAAUGAUCCUGUUGAUGUUUACAUGCUGGAUCCAAGAGGAAGGGUAAUGAGAAGGUGGCUGAGUCGACAAAGUAAUUUAGGGACUGUUUCCCUAACUUAUCAACUUUCGGAUCAACCUGUGUUUGGUGAAUGGAAAAUUCAGAUUACAGCACAAGGCCAAGUAGAAGAAAAGACAUUUUCCGUUGAAGAAUACUAUCAAACCCGUUUUGAAGUGAAUGUUACGAUGCCUGCAUUUUUCUUUGACAACGAUCCAUACAUUCACGGUAUAGUUCAGGCAAAUUAUACAUCCGGAGCUCCAGUCAGAGGAAAUCUUACUCUUAGAGCAAGUUUUCGCCCUAUAGAUAGACUCCAUAGUACUUCCACUCAGAAUGAAAUCACUGACAAAUACUUCAACUUUAACGAAUACUAUCCGGCUUGGUUUAAUAAACCGACUCAAUAUGAAGAAAGACACCCAGUAUUGCAAUUUUUUAACGGUACAUACGCCUUCAGAUAUCCAAUGAGAGAACUGCUUCAAUUUGCUCCGUCACUGGACAGAAUGGAAAUAAUGAUUACGGCAACAGUGGGCGAAAGAUUUUUGGAAGAAAUAAUUACAGGAUAUUCAUCGGCGAGGAUAUACAAUUCUAGUAUAAAAAUUCACUUCUUUGGAGGUUCACCACAAAUUUUCAAACCACAGAUGCCCUUCUCCUUAAACAUAGUUGCAUCGUUCCACGACGACUCUCCUUUAAAGGAAUCGCAAUUAAGAAACGCGAGAAUGGAGAUGAGAGCUGAUGUUGAAAUGCGUGGUGGAGGUAGACGGUCACUCGAUACUCAAUACUUGCGACUUGUUGCAGGUAGUGAUGCGAUUUGGUAUAUGAAAAUUGAUCUGAAGUCUCAACUGGGGCUUGAUGAUAACCCACAACAAGCACAGCGCGUAUUGAAUGAUGUAUCUUCCAUGAGAAUAUACGCUUACUUAACAGAUGGUGAAGGCAAUAGAGCUCAGAGUGAACUUCUACUGAUUACUCAUGAAUCUCCAAAUCACAAGCAAAUCAAAGUUUCUACGUCAACAGCAGAUGCCAAAGUCGGGGAAUAUAUAAUUUUCCAUGUUCAGACUAACUAUUACAUCGACGAUUUUAACUAUAUUAUAAUGUCGAAAGGAUCCAUUUUACUACACCAGCAAGAAACCAUGCAAGAUAAUAUCAGAACUUUCUCAAUACCAUUGAGUCCAGAAAUGGCUCCAGUAGCUACGGCUAUUGUUUAUCAUGUGGGGCGUUAUGGCGAAGUUAUAGCAGACUCAUUGACUUUCCCUGUGAAUGGUAUAUCAAGAAAUAACUUCACACUAUUUAUAAAUGACAAAAAAGCAAGAACGGGUGAAAAUGUUGAGAUCGCAAUUUAUGGAGAGCCUGGAGCAUAUGUGGGCUUAUCUGGAAUUGACAGAGCUUUCUAUACUAUGCAAGCUGGUAACGAGUUGACUUAUGCUAACGUCAUAACAAAGAUGUCACAUUUUGGUGAAGAGACAAAUGGUACACAUUCUCAUUCUUGGCUUUCUCACGGAGGAGAUCCAGACGAGCUAGUAUACUUCCCCUCAUCUACAUACGGUGUUGAUGUCAACAGAACUUUUGAGUAUGUAGGCUUAGCAGUUUUCACGGAUGCUCAAAUUUACAGAAGAUUGGAUUAUUGCAACAGAACUCAAGGAUUCGGAGAGUGCUUGAAUGGUAAGUGCUACAGGCUGGACAAAAAAUGUGAUGGGAUAUUUGAUUGCGAAGAUGGAACAGACGAAGUAUUGUGCAUACAUGGAAAUGCUACAGAUUUAGCCAACUUCAGAAAAUCGAGGUUCAACAGAUUACAACGACAAUAUGAAAACGUUUGGAUGUGGAAAGACAUUAACAUUGGACCUCACGGAAGGCAGAUAUUCAAUAUCGAUGUGCCUAAAAGACCCGUGCAUUGGAUGGUAACAGCUUUUAGUAUGAGUCCCACUAUAGGUUUUGGAAUGUUACCUAAAGCUAUUGAGUACAUUGGUGUCUUGCCAUUCUUUAUCAAUGUUGAAAUGCCAACUCAUAGUCGGCAAGGUGAACAGGUCGGAAUCCGAGUGUCUGUAUUCAACUACAUGAAAAUGAACAUAGAGGCGACAGUAGUUUUAUCCGAUUCAAAGGAUUACAAGUUUGUUCACGUUGAAGCGAAUGGGAUAGUGCAAUCUUAUAGCCCAAGAACAUCUUUUGGAGAACAUCAAUUUUUCAUUUGGAUUCACGCGCAAGAUGCUACUGUCGUAUACUUGCCCAUAGUACCUACAAGAUUAGGAGACAUCAAAGUUCACAUUUAUGCAACAACAUUGGUUGGCAGAGAUCAAGUUACACGGACGUUGCAUGUCGAGGCUGAUGGCUUACCUCAGCACAGACAUCAGUCCAUUCUACUUGAUUUGAGUAAUCGAGCUUAUGUAUUCCAGUACAUGCAUGUAAACAUCACUGAAACACCUAUUAUACCAUACGAGGAAAAUCGUUACUACAUAUAUGGUUCAAACAAGGCAACAAUUAGUAUCGUUGGUGAUGUUGUCGGUCCCAUUUUUCCCACAAUGCCAGUAAAUGCUACGAGUUUACUGGGAUUGCCAAUGGAUGCAGCUGAGCAAAAUAUGUUCAGUUUUGCUGCCAACAUGUACACCACUCUCUAUAUGAGAUUAAUAAAUCAACGCAACAUUACUCAGGAAAAAGACAGUUUCUAUUACAUGAAUAUAGGAUAUCAAAGACAAUUGUCUUUCAUGAUGCCCGAUGGAUCUUUUAGUCUGUUUCGCAGUGAUUGGAAUCAGUCAGCGUCCAGUGUCUGGUUGACUGCAUAUUGUGCUAGAGUUUUCCAAGAAGCUAGAUUUUAUGAAUGGGAAAACUAUCUGUACAUUGAUCCAAAUGUAAUUGCCGAUGCAGUUGCUUGGAUCUUGCAGCAUCAGACAUGGGAAGGUUCAUUUUACGAAGUAACAUGGCUACCGGACAGAAAAGUGAACAGCUCAUUAAAUUACGAUGAUAAUCCGAUUAAACACAGAAACAUAUCACUGACUGCACACGUUCUGAUUACUCUGGAAACAGUGAAGGAUUUGAAAGGGGGUUUGGGAGCUCAAGUAGCAUUAGCAGCAGCAAAGGCAGUGAAAUGGCUUGAGCGAAAUUUGGAAUUGCUUGAGCAAAGAGGAAAGCCUUACGAAGUAGCAAUAGUGGCAUAUGCGUUGCUGCUAGCCAAAGCCUCGUCUGCCGAACUAGGUUUUACCAUUUUAACAAAAUUGGCAAGGCGAGAAGAUGGUCUAACUUACUGGGGCAGGGAAGUUGUCCCCCUACCACCACAAAAAUUAGAAAAUCAGAAGCCAUUCUCAUUGCCACGUCUUCCAUAUGCCUACGAUUCGGAAAAUAUCGAAACAACUGCCUAUGCGCUUCUUGUGCAUGUAGCUAGACAAGAAAUCUGGACUGAACCCAUUGUCAAAUGGCUUAAUGCACAAAGAUUGACAGAUGGUGGAUGGGCUUCGACGCAAGACACUGCAUGGGCCAUGAAGGCAUUGAUGGACUAUACAGUCAGACAAAGAAUUAGGGAUGUUAGUGAAUUGACUGUCACUAUUGAAGCAACUGCUUUACCUGGCCAGACUAAAACCUUGUAUGUCACCCCCAAAAACUUGGCAAGACUCCAAACUGUUGAGAUACCAGAAGCUUGGGGUACAGUUCAGGUACAAGCUAAAGGAGCUGGUUACGCCAUUUUACAAAUGUCUGUUCAAUACAAUGUUGAUAUCAAGAAAUUCCAAACACAACCACCCAUCAGAGCCUUUGACCUUAUAACGCGAGCCAAUUUCCAUGGAAGAAAUCAGUCUCACAUCACCUAUACCAGUUGCCAAACAUGGAUAAACGUGAAUGAAUCUUCACGUUCUGGAAUGGCUGUACUGGAUAUCACCAUUCCUACAGGAUACAUCAUACAACAACAGAACUUGGAUCGAUAUAUCUUAUCUAAGCAGGUUCGAAAUUUGCAACGUGCACGAUUCCAAGAAAGAAAAGUAUUGUUUUACUUUGACUACUUAGACACGGAAGAAACAUGCGUCAAUUUUACAAUUGAAAGAUGGUAUCCAGUCGCCAAUAUGUCAAGAUAUUUGCCAAUCAGAGUUUACGACUAUUAUGCACCUGAACGUUUCAAUGAGACUAUAUUCGAUUCAUUGUCAACGUAUAUUCUCAACAUUUGUGAGGUCUGUGGAAGCUCGCAAUGUCCAUACUGUAACAUCUAUAACGCAGCUCCGCUACUAGCAACUCCUACUGGAUUUGUUCUCAUAAUUUCAUUGUUCGUUACCGUAAUGAGGUACUUCAGAACACAACAGUUUAACAUAGGAUAUUUUUACAAUAAUUGAAACAAAGAGCAUAUUGUAAUGAUAGGAUCAAAAGACAUGCACUUUGAAAUCUCAUUAUCAGUUAGACGACUUGAGAAUCUCUAAGAAAAAAAUGUAAUCGAUACAAGAGACACUGUAUGUAAGGUAAAUGUUGUCUCACAUCAAACUUCGACAUCAUGUGAACCGUAAUGUUUCUAAUGUAAACUAAAGUGCCUACAGAUUCUCAACUUCAAGUUCAAAGUUAUAAAAUGUAUGUAAAAUGUUGUUAGUAGCUUCACCAAGGUUGCCUUAUUAAGAGACAUAUGUUAUAUAUUAUAAUAUAUAUUUUUGAGAAUUACGAACAAAACGAGUAAUAAUACUGCUGUUAGUUUUAAAUAGUUGCGCUAAUUUAAGAAUCUUUUUUCUGAUGUUUAUGACAUCAAUUUUAUGUAAAAAGUUAGCAUUUUUAAGACUUAUUUUUUUAGAAUACUUGAAGAAAAGACAGCAAAAUAGUACAUUUUACAAGUUACAGUAAUGCAAUACAGUACGAUUGGAAUCAAGGUAUCGAAAAAUAUUCUCUGUAAGCACAGGCGUUAGUGGAAAAUGAUUGUAAUGUAGCUUUGAUCGCUAUGAGAUCUGUCCAUGGUUUUUGAUAUUUUACAUAUAAAUUAGUUAGAUAUUAAGAAUUGAAUUAUUUGGCAUUCAAUGUUUAUGUUCAAUAUCUCAGAAUUGAGUACACAAUUGUGUACAUUGAGGAAUGCAUCUAUUUUUAUUAAUAUCAAACUGAAUGCAUACAAUGAGCUAUCAAAACAUUCUGAUACUAGGUAUUUAAUAUAAUUGGCGGCAAAGUUUCAAAAAUUAUUAAUGGAUUAUGUAACUUACCUCCGUUUUGAGUUCUCUUUAGAGGAGUAGCUAUUCAUUUGAUUGAUUCACACUUAUCACAAACUGACUUUGCAACUGAAUCUUUUACUUGAAAUCAUUCCGUCCGCAUUUGAAUUAUUAAGUUAACUUAUAAACUAGUUGUGUAAUUUAAGAUAACGCUGCUUUUGGGAAAGAGUCUGACGCUACAAAUAAUUUUUUUUUGUAAUAUUAAAAUGUAACAAUCAUUCAUUUGCAGAUGCAUACUUUUAUGUGACAUAAACGUAGGUAAAUUAUUUUUGAAUGAAUUCACGAAAACAGGGUAGGCAUAAUGUCACGAGUUUUUCUUGAAUAACAAGACUAAAAUUCAUAUUGCAAUAUUCUAUUAUAUCAAGAAGAUUUUUGUCAAAAGCAGCAAAAAAAAAUGAGUCUCAUAAAGCCGUCCACGUAGAAUAACUUUUUCACUCAAGUGUAAUUAAUAUUUUAACAAAUACUAUUUUAUUUUUUAACUACACGAUUUUUGUGUAACUUUAUUUGAUACCUAUAAUAUACUUUAAAUAACUUUCACAUGUAGAGUGAAAAUAAGUACCUAAAAUAAAUGACAACGCACAGAAUAUAUCUCUACACCUGGAAUUUAUAUUAGUUUUCCAUAAACAUGUUGGAAACGAUUACAACUUUUAUAACAUUUAUAUAAAUAAAUGCAGUCA